AUUGAGUAAUUUGCUUGUAUAUGAAACUCGUGCUUCUGUAGUUAAUAUUUCGUUUUAUUUAAUUACGUAAUCUACGAUAAUGACCAAAACAUCAUGAAAUCGCAUAUAUCGAAGGUACUACAUAAUCUGUAAAUAUUACUAUCAUUGCAAAACAAUCGAAAGAUUGAUUUUUGAUUCUCAAUGUCAUAGAUUGGUGAAGUCUGCCAAGUUUAUUUUUACCCAUAAUUUUAUACACAUUCGGUAAAAAAUAGGAUAAUUAACAUAAUUCAAUUUGUUCCUUCGAAUGAUAGCAACUGCAUGCUAAGUGUCGAAAAAAAAACCGAAUAGAGCAUUGUUAGCACGCAUGUCAUGGCUGCUUAUGUAAAUCGCACGAUAUCCCUAAUGUCAGGCGACGGGCCCCACAACCGCGGCCCCGUAACGGCCGUCCUCACAGACCGAGGCAAACGCGUACCGCUAGAUAAUUCUCCGUUGCAGAUAUUCGUCAAAGCCAAGAAGAAAAUCAACGAUAUUUUCGGCGAAAUCGAAGAGUACGUCAAGGACACCGUGGAGUAUAUGUAUGAAGUCGAGAAAGAGGGUAAAAUUGUGAAUAAAGAUCAAGUACGAAAUAUCGUGGAGUAUGUCGGUAAGGUGCACAGCAUUAGAGAUGUCUUGCAAAGGGAUCACAUGAAAGUGGCCUUUUUCGGGAGAACAUCCAACGGCAAAAGUUCCGUUAUCAACGCCAUGCUUAGGGAUAAAAUUCUGCCCAGCGGUAUCGGGCACACUACGAAUUGUUUCCUACAGGUCGAGGGAUGUCCAUCCGAUGAGCCCUACUUGGUUUUGGAGGGUUCCGAGGAACAUUGCGCAGUGGAAUCCGUGGGGCAACUAGCCCACGCCCUUUGCAAGGAGAAACUCAACGAAUCGUCGUUGGUGAAGGUGUUUUGGCCGAAAAAUAGAUGCCUUCUGCUUAGGGACGAUGUGGUUUUCGUGGAUUCCCCCGGCGUAGAUGUCACCCCGAAUUUAGACGAAUGGAUCGACAAACAUUGCUUAGACGCCGAUGUUUUUGUAUUGGUAGCUAACGCAGAAUCCACCCUUAUGGUGACGGAGAAGAAUUUCUUUCACAAAGUAUCGACCAAGCUAUCCAAACCUAACAUAUUUAUUUUGAACAAUAGAUGGGACGCGUCGGCCUCGGAACCCGAAUUUUUGGAUCAGCAUUGCAACGAGCAGGAAGAGGUACGCAAGCAACACCAGGAGCGCGCCAUCGAUUUUCUGGUGAAAGAAUUGAAAGUUUGCACGCCCAAGGAGGCCGAAGAACGAAUUUUCUUCAUAUCGGCCAAAGAGGUGCUGCAAGCCAGGAUGUCCGAGGGCAAGCCGGUCUCCGUUCCGCUCACCGAAGGCUUCCAAACGAGGUACUUCGAAUUCCAGGAUUUCGAGAAGAAAUUCGAAGAGUGCAUAUCGAAGUCGGCGGUGAAAACCAAAUUCGAGCAGCACUCGCAACGCGGCAAGUUUAUAGCGAACGAACUACGCGAUUUGUUAGAAGGCAUAUACAACGACGCGUUGAAAUUGAAAGAACAGAAACUAUCCGAAAGGAAAGAAGUGAACGAUAAGAUCAACUACACCGAGCAACAGCUCAUGUUAGUGACGCAAGAAAUGAAGAAAAAGAUACACAACAUGGUCGAAGACGUCGAGCAAAGAGUUUCCAAGGCUCUGAGCGAGGAAAUCCGUCGCUUGAGCACCUUGGUGGACGAAUUCAACCUGCCCUUCCAUCCCGAGCCGUUGGUGUUGAACGUCUACAAGAAGGAGUUGCACCUGCACGUCGAGACCGGGCUCGGUUCGAACCUUCGGGCCCGCCUGUCGACCGCGCUGGCCCUCAACAUGGAGGCCAGCCAGCGCGAGAUGACCGAAAAGAUGGAGGCGCUGGUGUCGCCGAAUCACAAAAUGUCGGGCAACUUGGUGUUGCCGCGCCGGCAGCCGUUCGAGAUCCUCUACCGGUUGAAUUGCGAUAAUUUGUGCGCCGAUUUUACGGAGGAUUUGGAAUUUAGGUUUUCUUGGGGUAUAAUGAGUUUGAUUCAAAAGUACGCCGGUAGAGGCGCUAAUUUCCUGACGUUGCGGAAUAAGAGGGAAAAUCACACGGAGAAUUACAUCCCGUCGACUCCGACGGAUUACGUGGACGGUAGGCUCGUCUACAGCCACCCUUCCAUCGAGGAUUGGUCGUUGUUGUCGAGACUGGCCGUAAUGGGGGCGUCUUCGCAAGGUACGAUGGGCUGCUUGGUGGUGGCCGGUUUCCUGUUCAAAACCAUCGGUUGGAGAGUGAUAGCCGUAUCGGGCGCGAUCUACAGCUGUCUCUAUCUCUACGAGCGCCUGACGUGGACGAACAAAGCCAAGGAAAAGUCCUUCAAGAAGCAGUACGUUCAGCACGCUUCGAAGAAACUACGGAUGAUUAUCGAUCUUACGUCGGCCAAUUGCAGUCAUCAAGUGCAGCAGGAAUUGAGCGGUACUUUUGCUAGAUUGUGUCAAAUGGUGGACGGGGCUACGACUGAAAUGGACAAGCAACUGAAGGAGUUGGAGGGCGAGGUGAGUUGUUUGGAGACGGCCGGCAGCAGGGCGAAGGUUUUGAGGAACAAGGCGAAUUAUUUGGCGCACGAGCUGGAGCUGUUCGAGAAGGCUUACCUCAAAUUGGCCCACUAGAAUCGGCGGGACGCUGUGGAUUUGGUAUUGUCGCGGCGGCUGUUAGUAGCGAGGAGAAAAUUGAAUAUUUAUUUAUUUACCUAUUUUAUUCUAAACGAUUGGAUUAAGUUUGUUGACACUUGGAACUUAUACCUCUAUCUAAAAGUAGCCUACGUUUUGUGAUAGAUUUAACGAUUAUAUUUAAGAAGUUAUACUGAAUUAUAUUACAAUUUAUUCGAUUUGUUUUACAUCUUUCAUUUGCGUUUCGGUGCGCACUAGUAUUUUUGAUUUAAAUGGAUAGAAAAUAAAUUAGGUGGUUGUUGUAAUUAGAAGUUAAAGGCCACCUCGUUCUAUUUUUGAGAUUCCACAAGUCCACCCUAUUAAUUUUAGAAUGAGAAUUUUCAAUGAGUUUGCGGUGUUGUUUAUUUGUGCUUCGUUAAUACCCGCUCGAUUUUGUUAGUAAAAAUUCCAUUAAACGAAUUAGGGGAAAAUAAUAAAUAAAAAUUGGAUUUUUUAUAUAACCAGUUCGAUUGCAAUGAUAAAUAAUUGUUGUGAACAAAUGUAAAUAAAACUUGUUUGUUUUUA